GAAACAUCACACGGCUGCCCGGAGCUCCGUCUCUCCCCGUCGCGCAGACGCUCCGCAGGUUCUGGCCGGUACAGCGCCGUAUCCGGCCGGGGCUGCCGAUCCUCUGCAACUGAUCCCGCAUACUGAAAGCUGCUGGAAACUUCCGCCGUUUUCGUUUUUUUUAAUUCUUCCCCCAUCUUACUCUCCCUUUCUUCCUCCUUUUUCCUCCCACUGGAAUGGCGUUCCUGGACAAGCCGUCGGCGGCGAAGCUCCGGCUCGACGACACGGUGCCGCUGACGGCCGUGAUCGAGGCGAGCCAGAGCCUGCAGUCGCACACGGAAUAUAUCAUUCGUGUUCAGAGGGGUGUUUCAUCAGAGAACAGUUGGCAGGUCAUAAGGCGAUACAGCGACUUCGACAUGCUAAACAACAGCUUGUUGAUCUCUGGGAUCAACCUGCCUCUUCCACCCAAGAAGUUGAUAGGAAACAUGGACAGGGAGUUUAUCGCUGAAAGGCAGAAGGGCCUGCAGGCCUACCUGAACUUCAUCACCACACACCACAUCCUUUCCAGCAGUGAGCUGGUCAAGAAAUUUCUGGACACUAAUAACUACUCUGCAAACUACACGGAAAUAGCUUUACAGCAGGUGUCCAUGUUCUUCAGAUCUGACCCAAAGUGGGAGGUAGUGGAACCUUUGAAAGAUAUAGGCUGGCGGAUACGGAAGAGGUAUUUUCUAGUGAAAAACAAAGAACAGCCAAAGGAACGACAAGUCUUAAGCUGGGUUGACCUGGGUCCUGAUAAAUUCUUGUCAGACAAGGACCUUCAGUCUGCGAUGAAGCUCCUUCCCACGAUCUCGAACCCUUACAUCUUUCCUGUGACCUUCGCCAGCACCAGCGAGUCCUCCGCCCUGCUGAUCCGUGUCUUUAGUGAGAAAGGCACGUUACGGGAUCACAUAUGUAAGGUGAAGCCCAGGGAACCCUUCCUGAAGAAGUACUGUAACCCCAAGAAGAUCCAGGGCCUAGAGCUUCAGCAGAUCAGGACGUUUGGAAGGCAGAUACUGGAGGUCCUUAAAUUUCUUCACGACAAAGGAAUCCCUUACGGACAUCUCCACGCUUCCAACAUCUUGAUAGAAGACGACACGUGCAAACUCCUGGACAUAGAAAACUCGCUGCUUGGCCUUCCUUCCUACUACCGAUCUUACAUCACCCAGUUCCGGAAAAUCAACACGACAGAGAGCAUCGACGUGUACUCAUUCGGGCACGUGCUGUACGAGAUGACGUACGGGAGGCCCCCCGACACGGUGCCCGUGGACCACUUCCCUCCUGCUCCUUCACCAUCUGUGGUGUCCGUGCUGCACUCCAUCCUGUCUACGGAAGCGUGCAAGACGGGGAUGCCCACGGUUGGCCAACUCCUGCAGACGCCGUUGUUCAGUGACAUGCUGCUAAUGAACUCCGAGAAGCUCCAGUUCAAGAUUACGGCCAAACUGAAGGACUCCUUAAAAAUCGCCAAGGAAAGCCUGGAAAAACGCUUGCAGGAGGAACAGAAAGUGAUACAUCAGCAUCGACGACUGACCAGAGCCCAGUCACACCACGGGUCAGAGGAGGAGAAGAAGAAGAGGAAGAUCCUGGCCAGGAAGAAAUCCAGACAGUCAGCUUAUGAAAAUGAAGAAGACCUUUCUGCCAAAUACAACAACAAUUCUGGUUCGGGUGCCAGCUCUCCUCUGACAUCACCUUCGUCCCCCACCCCUCCCCUAGUGACAGAGCAUGCUCCAUUUUGAACGUGUGGGUAAAGUAAAUCAUUACUGACUCUUCCCAGACUCUUAAAGCUGCAGCACCUUCUUUCAGUAGCAGAGCUCUCUCUCCCCAUCCGUUGCCUGUCUGGGCUUAAGCUGCGGAUGCACUCAAUACGUUUUUAAAAAGAGAUGUUGGCGUAAACUAAUUCCUGCACUCACAUUUCUUUAGGUGGCUGGACUUUUUGCAAAUUGUUUAUGCAGUAAAUUUUUUCAGACAUUGUCUAUACGUGGAUUUUAUCUUAAUGUUUGUGGUUGAUAUUUAAUUUCUCUGGUGAGAAGUUACAGUAAAUCAAGCAUCAUUUGGCUAACCUGUUAAGACGAAGAUGCCUCCCUGCAUAUUGCAGUGAGGAAUGAUGUUGUGAAAUCGUAUUGUAGUUGGAGAAUGAGAAAUUCACAGGUUAAUACAUGUACAUGUCAUGCAUUAAUUGGUCCCUGAUUUGAUAGCUCCGCCCACUUAUCCAAAUCAAAUCAUCCUAAUGGGUUGGUCAAACCUGCCAGCUUGGCUUUGGCUGAUUACGCCAUCAUCUUCAACCCAAUUGGUCAGUAGUAAUGUUUGCCAUCUCUACUAAAUCUUCGUUACUUUUGCUUCAUCUCUUUUGAAAACGAAAAGCUAUUUCCAUACCUGCUUUGAAAAAGGUUUAAUGCACCUUUAAAAAGCCACAGUCUGCAAAGUGAACCGCUUGGACUCAUUGUAAAUCAGUUAUGUCAGAUAUUCCCCCCUGUAGAGAAGCAUACGGGAGUCUGUCUCGCUGUGUGCUUCGGCGCUGUGCUCCUGUCCUGGCUGUCUUUUGUUCGUGGUCAUGUCCUUGUCUUUGUGCUGAGGGGACAGAAAGUAGGGGUGUGUGAAUAGUUAAAGGUGAAGUCCGGCGCAGCUCACAAUCGUGGGUCGGUUCUGAGUGGUAUAAUAUACCUCUGUACUGACCAUCUCUUUGUCUGUCAGGUGCCUUUGAGUUGCUGAUUGCCGGCGUUAGGGACAUUGAAGGUGAAAACUGAUAAAUGAGGGUGGAAUUUAGUGGGGAAUCUUCCUAGAUAUUGACAGGAGACAAGUGUUUUCCUUGACUUGUGCUUACUGCAUGCCUUUCACGUUUGCUUUGUUGAUCUGUCUUCUGCAUGAAACCAUUUAAGAACAUUUGAACCUCUGUCGACAUGUUCAGGGCUGUAUGUUUUACUUGAGUUUUCGUUGAUUCCUUUCAAAACAUAGCAUGUUCUUUUGGUGUUAAAUUGCAGUUCCGCUGUCAUCCAAAGGAGACUGUAUGAAACCCAGGCGUCUGUGUGUUCUGGCAGCCUUAGAUGUUGCAUUUACAGGAGCCCUCGAUUUAUUUAUUUAUAUAUAUAUAUGAAGAGAGCAGAGAAUCUCUGCUCUCCAAAUGGAACAUAAGCAGAAUGUUCUCUGGACUGACAAGUGCAAGGAAAACUACUUGGAAAAGUAGGAUCUUAUUCCAAAAAGUAAGAACAGAUUGUCACAAUGGUCAUUUCUGCUUCGGGAGCUGGACAGCCGGCUGGCGUUGAAUUUAUUAGAAUAUUCUAGAUUGCCUGCGGCUGGAAACUGAAGCAGAAGUAGGUCUUGUGGCAAGAAAAUGAACCAAAGUGUAAAGUAGCAAACGCAUUUACUGGAAAUUUCACAGUUUGCACUGACCGAGAAGGUCGGAACCCAAAACAAUAUUGCGGUGGCAUAUAAAUAAUAAUUAAUAUCCUGCCACAUUCUGCUUUCUUUCCCCUUAAGCUUUUUGACUGUUUUGUUUUUUGUUCACUUGCGUCCUUAUGGCAAUUGACUGUUUUUGAGAUCGUUUCCGUCGUCUUUCCAUCAAGUAUGUUUCAUUUGUCAGGUGUCUGACUGAGUCUGUAACUGCUCAUGAUGAGAGAUCACUAACAAACCCACUGUUUUAUGCAUUCGUACACACACAUACAUACACGUUUUUUUAUCCAUAUCUUUGUGGGGACCUUCCAUUCAUUUAUAUGGGGGAAAACCCUAAUCCCAACAAUGACAGCAUUGACCCCUACCCAGACCUAACCAUUAUCGUAAGUAACCAAACAAAAUACAAAACUUUUGGCAUUUUUGAUUGCAGUCACAGAUUUAUAUAAAGUUGAGUUACCGGAAAAUAAGGAUUUUAUCACAUUGUGGGCACAUUUGGACACACACACACAACCACACACACACACACACACACACUCACAUUUAUCAGUACAACUUCAUGUGUGUAACCUAAUAUUGUGACUACAUGAGCUCCUUGAGAAGCAGCUGAAAUGCAAAUUGACUGUCUGGUAACUGCAUUGUAGGAAAAAUCCAGAUUCCCAUCAAGCAGUGAUCAGAAAUUCCUUCUUUAAAAUUAUAAGUGAUUGCAGGGAAACACCGGCCACCCAUCUUCACCUUUAUUGGCAGUUGCAUGAAUACCUUUAAUUUGUUGCCUAAAAUGAGCCUGGCCAAUCAGGAGUUUACUGGUCAGCCAUACUGGCUAUUCUUAUGGAGCUGGUAAUAUACCAACCGAAAUUGUCCUCCCUGAAAAUUUGUUAGACUUUUAACCCCUGAAACUAGGAUGCAAAUAUUAAUCACACAAGCCCUUUUGAUAGCUUGUUGUUGCCAUAUUUCACGUUUGAGUUUUUAAAAAAACAACAAAAAAAAACAAAUAAAAUACAAGCGGAGACAAACUAAUUU